AAGGUUCAUCACCAUUUGUUCCUUUUGAUACUGCAGUAUUAUCAAUGGAGGAGACUAUGUGGUUUAAACUGCUACAGCUUGAUCUCUAUUCCUUACUCCACAUUUUCUCUUUUUUAGACACUAAAGAUAAGCAAAAUGUUGCUCAAGUCUGCCAGUACUCUAAGGACAUUGUCUAUUUCCCUUGUCUGUGGAAGAACAUUCAAGUUGUUCUUUACUACGACUUUAGUGAAUGUUUGGUCAUGAGUCUACAACAACGGAAAAUUACUCGAUUUGUGUGCUAUGGCUCUACUGACGAGGAUUUGUCGCUAUUGUUUAGCACGAUACCAGGCAUCACAGACAUUUGGAUUCGCAGUCGGCAAGUUAGCCAGGAMUUUUUACACAAAAGCCUACCUACUCUAGACAGGCUAAUGUCUCUACGCAUCGCACAAUGUUGGCAUAUCAAUAUGAAGCUGCUUUACCAAGAUGAACGGCUAACUGAUAUUCUAAGCCGUUUGAAAAACGUCCAACACCCACCCAACAUGUCAACUACARGUUUUCAAGAGCUCGUGAAAAAGUGCAACAGUUUAGAGGAGAUUUACUUUUAUGACUGUGACACUAAGAACAAUAGCAAUUUUCAGAGUCAGGGAGUUUUAGUGGAGGCAUGUCCAAAUAUCGAAUAUAUAAGUUUUGGCAGUACAAUGUGGUUUUCUAGUACAGAACAGUGGCAAAAAGCUCUGGAAAACCUUCCACUUAAGGCCAUUGAUUUGUCUAAGUGUUUUGACAUUACAGAUGAGCACAUUAAGCUUAUAGCUGAUUAUUCAACAGGCCUCAAAUAUUUAAAUAUCAGCUCUAUAAAUAUUUCAAACAAUACYCUGAUUUAUACUGCAAAGAAGCUCAAAGACCUGAAACAUUUCUAUUUUUCCACUAAUAGAAAUAGUCAAUUGGUUGACGGUGUUGAUGGCUGUUCCCCAGAUGAAUGGAAUUUACUAUGUGAGGUUUCAAAGAUGAAAAAYUUGGAAUCAUUACAGAUUUGUCUUAAAUGUGGUAUACUAACUGAUGCUAUGAUCUACUCUGUAGUUUAUAAUAUGCCAAAUUUAAGAUCACUUGAAGUGUGCCCAGUCGGCCCAAUUAGUCCUGCAUAYGCAUUUCUGAUAGGGGAAAAGGUACCAAAUCUUGAAACACUCAAAGUUUUUGGCCAUAGAGAAACAGAAGGUAUUGGAGCUCUUUGUGGUGCCCUGAAAAACUUAACCGAUUUACAAGUCUUUCACUGCAACCUUACAGAUGGUGAUUUGAAAGAUAUAGCAUCUUGUCUGAAACUAAAACACCUCAAACUCCCAGGACACAGAGGAGUGACAAACCAAGGCGUAAAGUGCAUUGCCUGUCUCAAGUCCUUAACGAGUCUAGAUAUUUCAUCYUGCAGUGUUGGAGAUACAGGACUAUCGUUACUUGCUAAGCAACUAACUAAGCUGCAAAAGCUUAUUGUUAGUGGAAGRAAGAUUACAAAUCAUGGAGCAAUAAUGAUUGCAAAGCACCUCAAAUGCAUGCAGCAUUUGAAUAUUUGUGGCACCAGCAUUGGAGAUCAAGGGUUUGUCUCUAUAUGCAACCUUCCAAGUCUUCACAAAUUUCAAGCAAACUGUCGCCUGCUGACCAGCACUGGCUUUCUAGACGGGGCUAGAAGUCUUGRAAAUUUGAAAAGYUUAGAAAUUGAGUCCACUAAAAUUGGCAUUGGUACAAUUCAAGAUUCACUARAUUAUAUGAAAAGUCUUGUUUAUAUAAAAAUCAAAUCAAUUCCUGUAACUACUAAGUGUGUGAUGAGUAUGGUUGAAGAGUGUCCUUGUUUAUCAAUCCUUUCAAUCCACUGUAAGUAUUCACCACUUCUACCAUGGCAUCAAACAAAGCAAUUGUGCCAACAGUUUGGGGUAAAAGCUAAUUUGUGUUUAAGCCUCUGAAUUAUUUUGUUUUUAAACCUAAAAGUAGACAGAAGUUAAAAUCAUUAGCCUGCAACCCAUAGACCUAAUCAGCUAACACUUUGCCAUGUAUCUCUUACCUCUUAUCUCAACUGUGAAAGGAAAAUACAACGAACAAUGAAACAUACUCCCACAGGUGGUUUGAACAGAAAAAAAUAUAAAUAUAUUAUAUUAAAUAUAAAAAUCUACAGAAAACAAGUACCUUUGACACCAUAAAAUAGAACUGACAGUGACUUUGUAUCAUUAUAGCUUAUCAGGUUGAAAUUACAGAUGUAUUUUGCUCUUAUUCUUUAAUGAAAAAUGGAAGUGUSUACCUAGAAUGUUGUACAAUGUAUAGUGCUAUCUGCAUGCAGAAUUACUGUAAAAUUAAAUCUGAAUAAAAAUCUGAAUAUGA